CAGGCUUUGGGUUUUCACAGCGAACUCGCCAUUGUGGAACGCGACUGCCAUUACUCCUCUCUCUCUCUCUCUCUCUCUCUCUCUCUCUCUCUCUCUCUCUCUCUCUCAUAUUCCUUUUGCUUCCAUUUUUAUCUCCCACACACAAAGACAUGGCGCUUGCGUGCUCUACUCAUCAAUUAUAAACAAAACCCACCUCUUCCCUUUCUUUCACUUUCCCCGUAGAUAGCUGCCCAACAUAGCCACACAACAUCUCGCAUACACACCUAUCUGGGUUUUUCUCUUCUUCUUCUUUAAACCCACAAAUCAAACGUAGUUAAACUCAGUUCUCUGCAAUCAACCCUUGUUUUCUCAUUGGUACUUAUAAGACAGUUAUACACUUGAAAUGUACAGAAGUAGCAUGUCCUACCAUCGGGUGGAUGAAGUUGAUUAUAUGGCGGAAGUGGGGGAAAUGGCUGAUUUCAUUGAUGAAUGGGAUGACGAGAACAAUGGCAGAGGCGGUGGAGAAGUGCAAGCUAAUGAAUAUGAUUUGCUUACCAGAGUAACUGAUACAUCAUCUGUCCAAGCACGGAAAGGAAAAGACAUUCAGGGUAUCCCAUGGGAAAGAUUGAACAUAACAAGGGACAUGUAUAGAUUGACAAGGCUUGAACAAUAUAAGAACUAUGAGAAUGUUCCAUUAUCUGGGGAGGCUGUGGACAAGGAAUGCAAACAAAUGGAGAAGGGUGGCAACUACUACGAAUUCUUUCACAAUACGAGACUAGUUAAACCUACAAUACUUCACUUUCAGCUCAGGAACUUAGUUUGGGCCACUUCAAAGCAUGAUGUCUAUCUUAUGUCCAACUAUUCAGUAAUGCAUUGGUCAUCAUUGUCCUCCAAUUUGUCGGAAAUUCUCAAUUUUGCUGGACAUGUAGCACCAACUGAGAAACAUGCAGGAAGCUUGUUAGAAGGAUUUACACAAACUCAGAUAAGCACGCUAGCGGUUAAAGAUAAUAUUUUAGUUGCUGGGGGCUUCCAAGGAGAGCUUACAUGCAAGCGUUUGGAUAAACAAGGAGUAAGCUUUUGUACUCGUACUACAUUUGAUGAUAAUGCCAUCACAAAUGCUGUUGAAAUAUAUGACAGUGCAAGGGGUGGACUCUGUUUUAUGGCCUCCAAUAAUGAUUGCGGCAUGAGAGAAUAUGAUCUAGAAAGAUAUCAGCUACUAAAUCACUUCCGUUUCCCGUGGCCAGUGAAUCAUACAUCAAUUAGCCCCGACCGUAAGAUUAUUGCUGUUGUUGGAGAUCACCUGGAUGGAUUGCUCGUGGAUUCGCAGACGGGAAAACUACAGCAACUG